GGGUAUUUGGUAAAGUAGGUCCUUCCAGGAACCCAGAUUUGUUUCCCAAAUGAUGGGUAUGGAUAAAGAUAGAAAAAGAAAAAAGAGAGUGGAAAUUAAUACAAACCAAUCAAAUUUGAUAGCAUGGAAGAUCUAGCAAGAAGGUUGAGUGCUUUCUAAACAAUUUUUAACAGGAAAAAGAGAGAGAUAGAGAAGUUGCUUCAAAGGUUGCUAAACUUGAGUACAGCAUCGAACUUAAAUUUUACUCAAAGUUCCAUACCAUGCAUCUCCAACAAACAGUAAUUUUGUGGUAUUGUAUAUUAAACUUCAUCCCCCAAUCCACAAUAUGAGAUGAGAGAGUGAGAGUUGGAAAUUUCUCAGAAAUGGCUUGCUUCCAGAGGGAAUCUCCAGCUCUAAAAGAAAUCCUGCUCAAACUGUACAAUGCUGAAAAGACCAUGGAGAUUGAUCAUCACUUAUAUGAAUUUGGUUCUGUGGAAUAUCAUAUUCAGUCUUCACCAUCAGAUCCACAAUAUGCUUACUUGUCAAUAUCAACACCACUACUGUCCCAAGGAGUCAUGCUGUCACAUGGUUUAUCACAUUUCACCAUACAGAUGGUAAAGGAAAUUUGCUCUGAUGUUGUGGAGAUCAUUGAACCUACAAAAGAAGGAUACCAGCUCACUCUUAGACUUGAUUUUGCCAAAAUUCUAAAUAGCAAAGAUUCUGAAAAGGUUAUUUCAGAGAUUUCAGCACUACAAGCAGUUAUAUUAAGCACCCAGCUCAAAGAAAUGUUGUUAAGUGUCAACACACAGGAUACAUAUCAAGGGACAUACAAACCAAUCAAACUUGUGUAUCACCCAAGAGAACCUUUCUUUGUCAUCCGACAGCCAAAAAAAAUCAUGGCAGUAUUCCCAAUGCGCUUCAAAGACAAAUCAGAUGUAAUUAUUGCAACAGCCUUCUUCCAGGAACUUAUGGAUGUAGGAAAUUCAAAAGAAUGGUCAAAAGCACCACCUUGUUGUUGGUCACCCAUUCCACCUCCAGAAUUGACAGGAGAACCUUUUGAAGAUUUGAGUACCAAUGGAGGAUUUGUAUCUUUUGAUAUAUCUUCACGUCAUGUGGAUGAUAAAAGAGUGGACAAAACUGUAUGGAGUUUAUUGAAUUUCCAUGCCUAUGUUAAAUUCCAUGUAAAGAGCACCAGAGGCUUCAUUCAAAGAAGAAUGAGAAAGCGCCUGGAAGGACUAGUUCAGGUCCUGCCUAAGUCAAGUUCAGAAGAAGAAGAAGAAGAAGAAGAAGAAGAAGAAACUAAAAAAGUUCAAGCAAAUGCAGGACGUAGGAGUAGAAGAAAACUGGUCAUCUUACCUAAAUCUAAAAUCCUCAAACGAAAAUGUGGCUAUUUCAGCAGGAAGAUCAAGAAAAUCCGUUCCCGUAUUAAAAUCCAUGGAUUUUGGCGGUUUCGCAAACGAUGGUUGAAAAUGCCCAAGUUUUCAUCUUCAAGGGGUUAUACAAAAUUAGAAUAGCUUCUUUUCCAUGAUAUGCAUAUCGUUAUUUUACUUGUAGUUAAAUUAUGCACAUUCAUGUGCGCUGAGGUUAGAAAAAAUAUGCCCUGUACCUACAUAUAAGUUUUAAGGUGGAAUGACCUUAGACCACAAUUUGUUGACGAAAUAUAAAUUAAAAUCAAGGUCAUGAAUCAUGAUUCUCUAUUCAUCACAAAA